AUGCAACUGUCUACCCUGACCAUCGCCCUCUUCGCCACCCUGGCAGCUGCCAGCAACCACCGACGACACCCCCACUUCAACUUCCGCCGCCAGAACACGACCGCGCUCGUCUCUUCCAAGGCCGUCGACAAGGCAGCUACCUCGUCCCUUUCCAGCUCGACCUUCAGCCCGGCCCUGCUCAGCACGGGCCCUAUCACCUCCGCUGGCCGCACUUCCUCCAGCGGCCCAACGGCCGCCGCUGAUCUGACAACUUUGACCGUCGUCACUACUUCGGUCCACACGGUGAUCUCUUGUGCUCCCACGGUCACAAACUGCCCUGCUGCCUCGGACACGGCUGCUCUGUCCAGCCUCCCAGUUGGGGCUCACUCCACUGUGCUCGUCACCGACACUAUUGUUCUGACCUCCACCGUCUGCCCCGUCACCGCGGCCUCGUCCAUCUCCAAGGAUGUCAUCUCCAAGGCCAAAACCGGCGGCAUCGUCGGUAGCACUCUGACUAGCGCCAAGCCUACCGCCGUCCAGGUCCCCAAGACCACGACCGUCGUCUCUGAGGUCGUCGUCCCCACCGAGACAGUCAUCACCAUGACCCUGGGCAACCCUGGCGGCCAGCGUGAGGUGACGACCACCAUCAAGACCACCAUGAAGCAGACCGUCACUCGUACCAUGAUCGUCACCAUGCCAGCCACCGAGACGGGCAAGAACUCUGGCGGCGGCAACUCAGGCUCCGGCAAGGGCAAGGACCAGGGCAAGGGCAAGGGACAGGGCAAGGGGCAGGACGACACCACCACCAGCCUGACCAUGACCACCUCUGCAACUCGAACCGUCACUGUCAAGAACACUGCCACUGCUAAGCCCGUGGGCGGCUCCGGCAACUCUGGCUCUGGAAACUCGGGCUCCGGCAACUCGGGCUCCGGCAACUCUGGCUCUGGCAACUCUGGCGCCGGCUCGGGUGCCGGCGACUGCCAGUGCCCUGCCGCGCAGACCGUCACCGUGACUCAGCCUGCCCAGACCAUCUACGUGACCAUGACGGCGCCCGCCGCCAACGCCGAGAAGACGGGCUCCGCCGGCGCGGGCAAGGACAAGGGCGGCCACAAGGGUGGCAACAAGGGCGGUAACAAGGGCUCUGCCGCCACAACCACGGAUAAAGCCGUCCAGGCCACCACCUCGACCCCGCCCGAGGCGGCCGGCGAGAGCGAGUGUCCGCCCGAGGCCAUCGUCACGGCGACCGUCGUGCCCUUCCCCUCCAACGGCACCGAUUCUCGCACCGCCAAAGCCACGGGCACCGGCACCCCGGCUGCCUCCAUCAGGCGCGCCGACAAGGGCCACCUCGUGUACUAA